AUGAUCAUUUAUAACGAAGGAAUCAUCGAAAAAACAUCUAGUGCUUUGGACACAAGGACGCACGUCGUGGUGGAGUUAUACGAAACCGAGAAGUCGUACGUAGAGGCACUGGAGAUAUUAGUAAAGAAAUAUCUUCAGCCACUGAAGAGUCCAGAGAAUGCUGGUCUACUGGACGCAUUUGUCGUAGACGAGAUAUUUUAUCAGGUGCCGGCGAUACUGAACGUGCACCAAGUUUUCUUAGAGCAGUUGCGACGACGUCUCGAACAAUGGGACCUCCAGCAGAAAGUAGGAGACGUCUUUUUGGACGUGUUCACGAAACCCACCGUAAUGGACACAUACAUGUCCUUCAUAAACAACUUGAAAAAGGCGAAGGAGACAAUCAAGACGGCGGCCGCGUCGCGUCCAGCCUUCGCCAAGUUCCUGGACGCCAUGGCUCGAGACCACAAGGGGAAGUUGUCUCUCGACAAUUUGCUGAUAAAGCCCGUACAGAAGUUCCCCAGCUACAAACUACUCAUACAGAGGUUAAUAAAGCACACAGAUCAAUCGCAUCCCGACCAUAAACUACUUCUUGAAGCUCAAAAAGAGAUCCACGAGCUUCUAGAGCUGAUCAAUUGCACAGAAAGGGAGAGUCUAGAAAUGGAGCAACAACAGCAAACUUUGCGAGAGUUGGAACAAAUGAUUGAAGGCCUUUCAAAUCUGGUGACGGCAGACCGGAUGUUUUUACGCCACGAGAUGGUCACAAUGCCAUCGGCACAGGGAACCAUUAAAGACAGAGCUCUUUUCCUUUUUAAUGACACUCUACUAAUCACAAGUGUAAAGCGGAGGACGGGAACUAUCAAGAAACCAAUUCCAACAUACCAAAGUAGUAUAGCGAGUCAGAUGGAAGGAAAUAAGUACAAACUAUUGAUGAGAAUAUCUUUAGCUGAUCUCGAAAUUGUUAAAGCUAAAGAUGAAAACUUGAGGCGCAUUAUGCACGAAGUGGAGACCUUGACAGAGGACGUGAACACCUUGACCCAGAUCUCCGAACACGUGGCGGCGUUGCACACACAGCAUUCUCAGCUCGAAGAGUUGGUGAGAGAGAUGCUACACACGCUGAACAAGCAACUGUUAGACAGACAGAACAGCGAUACGCAGCUAUGCUACAUGGAGAUAAGUUUGAACACGUCGAAUGGACCAGAGAAUCUAACAAUAAUCUUCCCAAAAACCGACAAGCGGAGCAGUUGGGAGGAAUUGAUAAAUGAGACCAAACAAAAAUUAUGCGUAUACGGCCACGAGAGGGCAGCCCCUGAAUUCCUUUCGCCCGUGCCCAUACGGAAGACCAGAGCUGGUUUACAGUUUACGUGUGCAGCACCGACAUUACCACCUAAAGGCCAAUCUCCAGACGUUUGGGUGUGCAAUAGCGACGGUUACGUAGGCCAAGUUUGCGUCCUCACACUGACUCCUAAGCCGCAAGUGACCUCGUGCAACGGAGUGUGCAAUGCGCGAAUACUCUGCGUCGCAUGCGUGCCUCCAGCGCCGGCGCUGACUCGACAACACACUUUGGAUAUACCGAGUACGAGUUCCUUAAACAGCACUGGUUCCACGAAACCGGGCAUCAGUAUAUCGGAUCCAGAUGACAGUUGCAAAAAUAUUCGUCUCGACAGCUCGUCAUCAAGUGACGAAGAAGACGACGGCUCGUCGAGCGAGAACCAAGACGCUCAGUCCGAACGCAGCCAGGAGUCCGGCCGGCUGCACAGCCUAGCAGCCACCCUGGGCAACCGGGCUACCCUCACGCCCAACCACAGCAAGAGUUUGAGCACUCCCCACACCGGGCAGAGCAUCCAAGUGCACCCCGUGAUGAAAUCCAGUUCCAAUCCCGCAGUCGACAAGCAGGCUAUGGGUAUCACCUCCGGCACUCUGUCCUCGCCAGCCAGCCGCCAGUCUUCAGAAGACAGCGGAACUACAGCCAACCAGCCAACCAUGUGGCUUGGGACCGAAGACGGCUGCAUACACGUGUACAACUGCCUGGAUAACAUCAGGAUCAAGAAGAACAAAGUGAAGCUUCAGCACAACUCCGGCGUUCACUCCAUCGUGUAUAUGGAGGGCAAGGUGUUCGUUGCACUUGGAAACGGUGAUCUGGUUGUUUACUGUCGCGACAUUGAUAGUUCCUGGACGGAGCGAUGCACUAUAUCAGUGGGGACUGGCAGCGGACCGGUUAGCAGUAUGCUGUUGUCUGGUGGCAAGCUCUGGUGCGCCACGCACUCCAACAUCAAAAUUAUCAACCCGCACACCUUGCAGGUUGACGAAACAUUCCAAAUAAGCUCUGAGACGAAACCUAUAAGCCACAUGGCGGUAGCUGGCGGUUCAAUAUGGCUGUCCCUGCACAACGCGGCUCAGUUGCGUUGCUACAACGCGACCACACGCGACCAACUAGCCGAGAUCAACAUCACGCCGCAAGUCACCAAGAUGUUACAUGGUUGCGACGAAAUAAUUCGCCAACACAAAGCGGCCUGUCUCCGGGUGACCGCUCUGCUAGCUCAUCGCGACACCCUUUGGGUGGGCACCAGCGCUGGGGUGCUCCUUACCGCACCCCUACACAACUCACCCAACCCCAGAACCGGGGCGUUCACUGUACCUCAACUCACUGGUAUUACGUACGGUCACACCGGACACGUGAGAUUCUUGACAAUAGUCGAGAACCCCGCGCCGCAGAAGCAGCCGGCCAAGCCGGCGCAAACUCUAAAGACGAAAGCGUUGAGUCGUCGCUCGACCAACGCGGAGAAACUGCAAAAACAAGCGGAGGGUACGCAGAGCAACAAGGAGACUCUGAUCAUAUCGGGCGGUGACGGCUACGAAGACUUUAGGAGUUCCACAAUGUCCGAAGACGCGGGCCGCGAGGACUCCACCAACCACUUGCUGCUUUGGAGGGUC